UUAAAUAUGGAAAAAGACACGCUGCGCUCACAGUCUCUCCACGCGUUGCCAGCGAGACACAAAACGAGCCUUUUUUCUUCACGAUGUCACCGAGACACGACCUGAAGAAGUCCAGCACGAUAUAAAAGGAUUGUGUCUUACAUGUUGAAGUUGAUUUGUAGAGUCGGAGAAAAUCAUUCCAGCGAGAUAGCUGCGGCUCCUCGCCUUCUUCUUUCUUCUUUACUUUUUAUCCACUUGAAAAAAGCGCGACAGGGUAGAGUAUAGGUGAAGAUUUUUUUUUAUAUAAAGAGCGACUACGAGUUGAGGACUGCUGAUCAUCUUGUGAGAAAAAGGAGGCCAAGUUUGUCACCAUGAGUUCCGAUAAGAAGGUGGAGGAUGAAGCAGUCUUGGACAGAGGCGCAUCCUUUGUCAAGCAUGUCUGCGAUGAAGAGGAAGUGGAAGGUCACCACACCGUGUACAUCGGCGUGCACGUUCCCAAGAGCUACCACCGGAGGAGACGCCACAGACGCAAGUCCAGCCACAAGGAGAAGCGGGAACGAGUCGAACACAGUACAGAAGGAUACAAGUCAGAUGGGGAGGCCGUGGAUGAAUCCACCCCAAGCAUCCUCAAACCUCUCAUUUCUCCAGCUGAGCGGAUCAAGUUCAUCCUGGGGGAGGAGGACGAUGGUCCCCCACCUCCUCAGCUCUUCACUGAGCUGGACGAACUACUGACUGUGGACGGACAGGAGAUGGAGUGGAAGGAGACAGCCAGAUGGAUCAAGUUUGAGGAGAAGGUGGAGAAGGGUGGCGAGCGCUGGAGCAAGCCUCAUGUGGCCACGCUGUCCUUGCACAGCUUGAUGGAACUCAAAACGUGUAUCGAGAAGGGCACCAUCAUGCUGGACCUGGAGGCCUCCACACUGCCACAGGUUGUCGAGUUGAUCACCGACAGCCAGACUGAGACCGGUCAGUUGAAGCCGGAGCUGAAGGAGAAGAUCAUGUACACGCUACUGCGGAAGCAUCGUCAUCAGACCAAGAAGUCCAACUUGCGCUCCCUUGCUGACAUUGGCAAGAGUGUUUCCAGUGCAAGCCGGCUGUUUUCCAGCCAGGAGAAUGGUAGCCCGACUACUACCCAUCGAAACCUCACCUCCAACAGCCUGAGCGACUUCUCUGACAAACCAGAGAAGGAUCAGCUGAAGAACAAGUUCAUGAAAAAACUGCCCCGUGAUGCAGAGGCAUCAAACGUGCUGGUUGGGGAGGUCGACUUCCUGGAAACUCCCUUUGUGGCGUUUGUCCGUCUGCAGCAGGCCGUCAUGCUGGGCGCUCUCACUGAGGUCCCAGUGCCUACAAGAUUUCUCUUCGUCCUGUUGGGGCCCAAAGGGAAAGCAAAGUCCUAUCAUGAAAUUGGAAGAGCCAUUGCCACCCUGAUGUCAGAUGAGGUAUUCCAUGAUAUUGCCUAUAAAGCGAAGGACAGGGAAGACCUGCUGGCUGGUAUCGAAGAGUUCCUGGAUGAGGUCAUUGUCCUUCCCCCUGGAGAAUGGGACCCUGAUAUCAGGAUAGAGCCACCCAAGUCUCUGCCCUCCUCAGACAAGAGGAAGAACAUGUACGCCGGAGUAGAGAUGCCCCAGAUGAAUGGAGACACGCCUCACGAUGCGGGGCACGGAGAAGGAGGAGGACAUGGGGUUGGGGAGGAACUUCAGCGCACUAGAAAGUUCUGUGGAGGUCUUGUCCUGGAUAUCAAGCGGAAGCUUCCAUUUUUCGCCAGCGACUUCUACGACGCGCUACAUAUCCAGUCUCUGUCCACCAUCCUGUUCAUCUAUCUCGGCACGGUGACCAAUGCGAUCACGUUUGGAGGCUUACUUGGUGACGCUACAGAAAACAUGCAGGGAGUGUUGGAAAGUUUCCUAGGUACCGCGCUAACUGGAGCAGUGUUCUGCCUGCUGGCUGGUCAACCUCUGACUAUUCUGAGCAGCACAGGGCCGGUGCUCGUCUUUGAAAGACUCCUCUUCAACUUCAGCAGAGACAAUGGCUUCGACUAUCUUGAGUUUCGGCUAUGGAUCGGCCUGUGGUCGGCUUUAUUCUGUCUGGUGCUGGUGGCCACAGAUGCCAGCUUCCUGGUGCAAUACUUCACACGUUUCACUGAGGAAGGCUUCUCUGCUCUUAUCAGCUUCAUCUUCAUCUACGACGCUUUCAAAAAGAUGAUAAAUCUCGGCCACUACAACCCGAUUAACUCCGAUUACGAUCCCAACCUCGUCACUCAAUAUGACUGCCACUGCAUUCCUGGAAACUCGUCAGAACUCCUUGAUGUCUCACCCUGGACAAACAGUACUGAUGUGUCAGAGAAUGCCACCUGGUCGACCCUGACCAGAAAGCAGUGUUUGAGGUACGGAGGGACCCUGGUAGGAGAGACUUGUAACUACGUGCCUGACAUCACCUUGAUGUCCUUUAUCCUGUUCUUUGGGACUUACACCUGCUCCAUGGGUAUGAAGCAGUUCAAGACCAGCCGCUUCUUCCCUACCAGAGUGAGGAAGCUCAUCAGUGACUUUGCGAUCAUCUUGACCAUUCUCCUCUUCUGCGGCGUAGACGCCUUCAUCGGUGUGAACACUCCAAAGCUCAUAGUGCCAAGUGAAUUCAAGCCCACAAAUCCAGCGAGGGGCUGGUUUGUUCCUCCUUUCGGAGGGAACCCCUGGUGGGUGUACCUGGCGUCCGCACUCCCCGCUCUACUGGUCACCAUUCUGAUAUUCAUGGACCAGCAGAUCACUGCUGUGAUUGUCAACAGGAAAGAGCACAAACUAAAGAAAGGGGCAGGCUAUCACUUGGAUCUGUUCUGGGUGGCCAUCCUAAUGGCGAUCUGCUCUUUCAUGGGCCUGCCGUGGUACGUUGCUGCCACUGUCAUCUCCAUCGCUCACAUCGACUCUCUGAAAAUGGAGACCGAGACAUCGGCCCCUGGGGAGCAGCCCAAAUUCCUCGGUGUGAGGGAGCAAAGAGUCACCGGUAUCGUUGUGUUCCUCCUGACUGGACUCUCUGUCUUCAUGGCCCCUAUCCUCAAGUUCAUUCCCAUGCCUGUGCUCUAUGGUGUGUUCCUCUACAUGGGCGUGGCGUCACUCAAUGGUGUCCAGUUCAUGGACCGUCUGAAGCUGCUCCUGAUGCCCGCCAAGCACCAGCCGGACCUGAUCUACCUGCGACACGUCCCCCAGAGACGCAUCCACCUCUUCACCUUCAUUCAGGGAUUAUGUCUGGCCCUCCUCUGGAUCCUCAAGUCUACUGUGGCUGCCAUCAUCUUCCCAGUCAUGAUCUUGGCGUUGGUUGCCGUCCGGAAGGCGAUGGACUACGUGUUCUCCCAGCACGAUCUCAGCUACCUGGACGAUGUCAUCCCUGAGAAAGACAAGAAGAAGAAAGAAGAUGAGAAGAAAAAGAAAAACAAGAAGAAGGGAAGCAUCGACAGUGACAUUGAAUUUUCUGACUACCCCUACAAUGAAAAUAUCCCCAGUAUAAAAAUCUCUAUGGAUAUGAUGGAGCAGGAGCCCAUGUUGGGGGAUAAAGAUUUGGAUAGAGAUAAAUCCCAGAAUUUCCUUAACACACAUACGCCGUGCUGAGCACUACUUUGAGUCUUCCACAGUGGCCGAGUGAUCUUGACAAAGGUUCUUACACAAAAACUUUGCCUCAGAUUCGAGUAGACGGAGGCUCUGAGGAGAACGGUUUCUUCUGGAGGAAGGGCUCUGAAACAGAUCUGUGAAUGAAUUAUCCAAAGAUACAGCAGAACGAGCACAACACAGCAAACAUAACCAUCCUCUAUUGUACUAUAUACUACCGCUUCGUUACGGUAUUUUUUUAUAUAAUAUAAUAUUCCUCGUGUGAGGCAUUAAAUCACAAUGGCUGGAAUUAUUUGUCUUAAAAUUGAAACACUGCAGUGGUACUGAAUUUUAAUGAGGGCUAACGUUUGAGCGUUCAUGAUCUGCACGAGGUUCUUGCAGAAAACCAAAGGGCUACUUCAAGGAAUGCAGUUUCUUAUGGGACGUUAAUAUUUUAUUAAUGUAUAUUCUAAUACUUUAUAAUAGGGGCCAGCUGAAGAUGUUUUUAUCAUAAAAGUACAGGAUACAGUCCGUUUGUUCACUACAGAUGGCUUUAUGGAAUUCAAUCUGUACAUGUGUAUAUAUCAGGAGGAGUUAUUUUCAAAUGACACCAAACAUAACCAGCCUCUCCUCUGUAGAACUGUUUCAUAUUGUAGUUACUCUUUUAAUAUUACACGUUACAUAACUACUUGAAACUUAAAGAUCAAAACAUAGCAGAGGUACUGUAUUUAGAGGCGAACACAAAGGGGAAAACACAUGUGAAAUACUCCUUUUUUAAGUCAUAGUGAACAAAAGGGCUACAAAAAAGUCAUCUAUGCACAGACACAAGCGAAAGUUAUUUCUGUAUUUAUGGGCAUAUUCAUUAUUUAUCAAGGCUGCAUGCUCGUAAAACACACCCACAAGAUAAUGUAAGAAUAGUCGCAGUAUGGUAAGAAGUAAGUGGUUCAACACCAUACAGACUGGAACUUCUUUUCUGUUUCCUGUUCUUCCUCUUUUUCCCCUCUUUUUCUAUAUUUAUUAUAUUUAUACUCUCGGCAAAAUAAUGUGCCGUUUUUGAAUCUUAAGUAUGGUUUUACCAUUUAGCUUCCCCAUUUGUGCAGAUUUGAAGGUAUUCUUUCUGUGGUCUCUAUCCACCCAGGCAUCUUUUUUUCCCUGUUUUAGGGAGAUCUAGAUGUAUUAUACCUGUAUGUAGCUCUACCUCUUCAUUUUUCUGUAGGUGCCAGGCAUUAUAUAUUAAAAUCAUCUGUUGUGCAAUUAUCUGUGAUCAAAUACUGAUUUGUAUUUUUCAGCUGGCACUGCAUAGGAUCUCUGAAUCUAUACUUUGAGUUCCUUUCUACUCACUUAAGAUAUUUUAUUUUUGUUUUACUUGUUUGUCAGUAUGAAUUAUGAAUGAUUUUUGCGGUGUUUUUUUUUUUUUAAAGGGUUUUCCACCAAAAUUCCCAAAAUCAAACAAAUAUUUUGACUCUAUCUCUUCAGAUACAGGGAAAAUAAAACUUAAAGAUGCAUUAUUUGAUAACCACAUCAAUCAUUUUUAAAAAAUGUUUUAUGUACUAAAGCUGGAGGCUGGGGGAGUGAUGGCCUGUCCUUUUUAACCCUUCUGAAUGAAUGCAGUUUAAUGUUCUCACACAGUUGACUGUGAAUUAAAAGCCUAUUUGAGUUGAUUAUCCGUUUUAGAAUGUGAUCAUAUUUAAAAGGUGUCAAUGUGAUAAAUUUUCAAACUUGGAGUAAUUUUUUUUUUUUUUUUUUUUUAAAUCAACAAUCACUGUGAGGCAAUGCAAUGUUGUGACUUCCAGUUCUUGAAGAACUACUGCUUUGUAGCAUUCAGGGCAAACAAAAAAAUAUAUAUUUAUGCAACAGCUUCAUUUUCAAAUUCACAUUUUGCUUUUGACACAAUCUACAUCGCAUCAGUAUCUAUCCAACUAUCCAGUGACCCUGUGAUGAACAAUGUCUUAAAUCUGCCUGUAUUAUUCAAAUGACCUGAUCACGCGUCUGUUGAGAAGUAUACGCUAAGCUGAUUCAAGUAAUUUCAGGAUUAAAAUGCAUAUCUGGGUGUAAUGCAUCUCAAUCAUUUGAAAUGCAAAGUCUGAUUUGUAGUGCAGAUAGGGGCUUUAAUGAGCGCUUUCACAAUCACAUCAAGUUGUAAAGCACAAGACUGUUAUUCUGAACCAAAAAUCAAAAACCACAUUGUCUUCCACUUUGUUCUGUGAUCUGUAUAUCUUGCCUCUUUUUUUUUUUUUUUUUUGGACUUUGUGGUUCUGUGUCCACAAUUAAUGUAACAUUUUUUUUUUCAUUUUCUCACUCUGAAACCAGUUUUAUACAAACAUGUUAUCUAGUCAACAACCAUCGGUUACUCUGAAGGAAGCAGAUGUCAGUGUGUUUUUUUUUGUUUGUUUGUUUGUUUUUUAUGGAGCAGUGUUUUGAAUGAGAGCAAUAAAACAGUCGAAAUGAUUCUUAAA